UUUAGUGGUAGAAUAAGAGCUUUGGAGAGGAAUAAGCUCACAAAGAAGACUUUAGAACUGGCACAGCAGUACUUCUUGCCCCCGUACGCUUUCCAGAUUCGAGUUGGUGCUCUGUACCUUUUGUAUGGGCUCUAUAGUACACAGCUUUGCCAGCCAAAACAAAAGAUCAGAAUCGCACUCAAGGAUUGGCCUGAAAUCCAGAGAUUUCAACAGGACCUGAUAGACUCCCAGCAUUAUGACGCAGCAUACGUCUUUAGAACACUGCGACUUGCCAGAGCAUUCCAUUUCACAGCAAUGCCAAAGCUACUAAACUACCGAACUAAGAAGAAGAUUCAGGAAAAUGAAUUUAAAGAAGAAUUUAAGGACCCAAGUAACAGAGUAAACAGCCUUAUCACUAAUGAUGUGUUGGAGGAACUGAUGAAUAUUCAUGACCACUACCAGAAAAUGAAGUGUGUCAUUUCAGCUGACAAAUCCCAGCCAGACAAGGCACUGAGCUUGAUAAAAGAUGAAUUUGUAGUUACUCUUAAAGAUAUAACUUUGGAACAUCAGGAAUGGCAGCAGAAUAGAAUGAAAUUAUUCUUAAAUGCUAAAGAAACAGAUGAAAUAUCAGACAAAAAGGAAGAAGGGACUUUGCUGGAAUCAGAGGGUUCUGAAAGAGCAAAUGCAUUGGCUAGAAUCAAAUACAGGUCCUACUCUGCAGUUGUUGAGGCUUCCAAAUCCAGAAGACAUCGUCAAGUAAAAUUAGAAUCUUCUGAAUCAGGAUUGAAUUAUGGGAAGUCUCCGAGCCGAAGUAAAAAAAACAGUAGGAGACCACAGCCAGCAAGAAGAGGUUCUUCGGAUAUCAAAGGUGAAAUGCAAGUGGCAAAGGAAACUGUUACUCGGCAUAUUGGGAUGCCUGUAAUCACAGAAGAAGAUAACUCAGAUGAAGAAGAAAUAUCUCUCCCCAAGAGGAAAAGAAGAUGUUAG